AGAUAGAUAGAUAGAUAGAUAGAUAGAUAGAUAGAUAGAUAGAUAGAUAGAUAUCACUAUCUACUCGUGUAAAAAGUCACUUUCCCUUUUUUUUUCCAUAAGCACCGAAAGGCCACAAUCAGAGAAUCACAGAAUUUAGGCUGGAAAAGCACUCUAAGCCCGACUCCAGCCCUGCCAAGCCCCACCAGCGAGCCAUGCCCCAAGCGCCACAUCCACGCUUUUCUGUUAAACCCUUCCGGGGUCGCAGGCAGGUGAUGUCCGGGGGGAUCUGCAGCGGGAGGGGGCUGCAGCUGCCGGCACCGAGCCCCUCCUCGCAGAGGCGGCGCCUGCGCCCGGUGACAUCAGCCCCGGGCCCCGGGAUGCUGAGCCCGGCUCGGGGAAGGCGGAUCCCGCUCCGCUCGCAGCUCCGCAUCCCGACAGGGCGGAGGGGCCAGCGGGGCGCAUCCCCCCAUCCCGUGCCCCCCGCCCGGCCACCCGCAUCCCCGCGGGCGCCGAGGGGAGCGGGGAUGCCGCGGUAGCAGCCGCCGAUGCUCGCCCUGCUGCUGUCGCUGCACACCCUGGGCCGGUCCCUGGCCAUGGCGAGCGCGGAGCGGCUGGCGGUGCCCGAGUGUGUGAGCCGGGCGAGCGGCUGGGCGAGCGGGGGCAGCGGCCCGGGGCACGACGGGGUCUCCCCCGGGGUGGGCACCGAGGUGCGGGAGGCGCUGGAGCGGGUCCUGCCCGUGCUCCGCCGCUCCAUCGCCCACGCCACGCAGGCGGCCACCCCCGAGGGGCUGCGGGCAGCCCUGUCCGAGGUGUUCCGGCUGGUGGAGGAGGCCUGGGCCAUGCCGGCCGUGGGCAGGGACGUGGCCAAGGUGCUGUGCGAUGUGAUCCGCCUGGAGGGGGGCCUGGACCUGCUGCUGCACCUGCUCUACACCGCCGAGCUGGAGGUCAAGUGCCAGGCGGGGAAACUCCUGGAGCAGAUCCUGGUGGCAGAAAACCGGGACCGGCUCGCCCGGGUCGGUCUGGGCGUCAUCCUCAACUUGGCCAAGGAGCGGGACAUCCCUCAGCUUGCCCGGAGCCUCUCGGGCAUCCUGGAGCACAUGUUCAAACACACGGAGGAGACCUGCUCGCAGCUCAUCUCCGACGGGGGCCUGGACACCGUGCUGUACUGGUGCCGCUGGACAGACCCCGCCGUGCUGCGCCACUGCGCCAUGGCCCUGGCCAACUGCGCCAUGUACGGUGGCCACGCCAACCAGCGACUGAUGAUCGAGAAGAAAGCAGCCGAGUGGCUUUUCCCGCUGGUGUUCUCCAGGGACGACGAGCUGAUCCGGCUGCACGCCUGCCUGGCCAUCACCGUGCUGGCCACCAACAAGGAGAUUGAGAAGGAGGUGGAGCGCUCGGGCACGCUGGCGCUGGUGGAGCCCUUCAUUGCCUCGCUGGACCCGGAGCGCUUCGCCCGCGAGAUGCUGGGCAGCAGCGACAACGUCCAGGGCCGGACGGCGCAGGAUCUGCAGCGCCUGGUGCCGCUGCUGGACAGCUCCCGGCUGGAGGCUCAGUGCAUCGCCGCCUUCUACCUCUGCACCGAGGCCACCAUCAAAGCCACACAGAAGAAAACACAGAUCUUCAGUGAGAUUGGGGCGACGCAGAGCCUGAAGAGGAUUGUGUGCUAYUCCACCAGCAGCACCACCUCCUCACUAGCCAAAAAGGUGCUGCGCCUGAUAGGGGAGGAGGUUCCUCGGCGCAUCCUGCCCACCGUUCCCAACUGGAAGUCCUGCGAGGUGCAGACAUGGCUGCAGCAGAUCGGGUUCAACAAAUACUGCCAGAGAUUCCUGGAUCACCAGGUUGAUGGGGACAUUCUCCUGAGGUUGACAGAGCAGGAGCUGCAGAAGGAUUUGGGGAUGGACUCCAGCAUCACUCGGAAAAGGUUCUUCCGCGAGCUGACGGAGCUCAAGACCUUCGCCGACUACUCCACGUGUGACCGCAGCAACCUGGCCGACUGGCUGGGGGGCAUCGACCCCAAAUUCCGGCAGUACACCUACAACCUGCUCACCUGCGGCAUCGACCGCAACUUCCUGCACCGCGUCACGGAGCAGCAGCUGCAGGACGACUGCCACGUCCACACCGGCUUCCACCGCGUCCGCAUCCUCACCGCGGCCAGGGAGACGCUUCACUCCCCCAUCACGCUGCAAACGGCGUCCAAUGGCACCGAUGUGUUCAUCAGCUACCGCCGGAGCACCGGCUCGCAGCUGGCCAGCCUGCUGAAGGUGCACCUGCAGCUCCACGGCUUCAGCGUGUUCAUCGACGUGGAGAAGCUGGAGGCGGGGAAAUUCGAGGACAAGCUGAUCCAGAGCGUCCUGAGCGCACGGAACUUUGUGCUGGUCCUCUCGCCCCACGCGCUGGAUAAAUGCAUGGAGGACCCCGAGUGCAAGGACUGGGUGCACAAGGAGAUUGUGACAGCCCUGAACUCUGGAAAGAACAUUGUCCCUGUCACAGACCAUUUCGAGUGGCCGGACCCAGAGACGCUCCCCAAGGACAUGAGGGCCGUGCUGAAAUUUAAUGGCAUCAUGUGGUCCCACGAGUACCAGGAGGCCACCAUCGACAAAAUCAUCCGUUUCCUCCAGGGCCGCUCCUCCCGGGACUCCUCAGCCGGUUCGGAGAACGGGCUGGACUGUUUGCUGUCACUGGGGCAGAGCUAGAGCUAGAGCCAGCCCAGCAGCCCCAGAGACUCGAGGGACCCCUUUUUGUGUGGGUCCAGAUUUAUCCCUCCUUUUUCCCAUCUUUGAGAGAAAACUCGUGGCUCUUUACCCCCUCCUCACCCUCCAAAUACAAGCCCCUGUGCCCCCAAAGGCUGGUCCUCACUCCCACGGUGCCUGGAUGGCAAGCCAGGAUGGAUCUGUGGCUACCACACCCUCCUGUGGGCUGGCAGGACAUGCACGGGGUGUGAGGAACCCUGGCACCAUCCAGACCCCACAAGCAGCUGCAGCUUCCCCCAGAAACUCAUCCAGAGAGGAUUUUCUGAGAGCUGAAAAUUGAGGAACUGGUGAGAAUCCAUCCCAAGAGGACACACGGGGGAGAAGAGCGACUGGGAGGAACUUGUGGCUCUGCUGUGUGCCCCGAAAAUACUCUCAUGGUCAGAAACUGAGAGCAGGAAAGGACAAAUAAAAGCUAAGCCCUAAAAACCCCCUUGUGUUUGGGGAAGAUAACCCACAGGGGCCUCCUGAGCUGUGCUAUCUUUCCCAGCAAUAUCCCUUUAUCACAAGAGCUCUUUCCCUCCUGGAGGAACUUCCACCUCCCAGUGCUGCAAAAGCCACGGUGUGCUCUUAACCCUGGCAAUGAAAUUUGGGCUUGGACCAUGUGGAGUUUCUGCAAGAUCUCUGCAAAAAGUGCUUUAAAAACACCCUCCUUCCCUCCACCUGAUGCCUGAGCUUCAGCACUGAAUCAGCUCUGUGCUUUCAGGGAAGCUGGAUUGUGACCCUGGAACGUUUUUAUAUCCGUGCAGGGAAGGUGCUGAUGGCUGUGCUUGUGGGGUUAUCACACACUGUGUAUUUUAUCCUGUCCCUGCCCCACAGCRGAUCUCCCGUGCUCUGUGCCUUCAGCAGGAGCUGCUGAACAUCCCUGACCACCCCACAGCCCUGGCUGAGCUCCUCAGGGCUGUCCCUACACUCUGCUGGAUGCAAUUCCGAAUGGAACUUCUUCCUAUCGACCUCUYCUCAACACCCACCAGGGCUUCUUGCAGCUCCUCACCUUAAAAUAUCAGGAAAAAGUAAAGUUGAUGCAAAGGGCUGCUCCAGCUGGGAGCAGAACCAUCAGUGCCAGCGCUGAUGAAGAACCAUGGGCAUCCUGGCACUGAAAAUCCCCAAAUUCCACACUCCAGGCUGCUGAAAUCACCCUGCAGAAGCAGCAAGCUCCUCUUCCUCUCCCUGCUCAAGAAAAACUCAAUCCUCUCAGGAGGUAACAAGCUGUUUCAGCCACUUUGUCCUCCUCCUGGCUCUCCCUGAAGCCCUGCUUUAACUGUCUGAAAAACAAACACUUUCUUCUUUUGGCUUAGCUCCACAGACAUUUCAGGAAAAAAAAAUUUAAAAAAGGAGUUAAUUCUGGUUCUUUAUGGAUAGUUCUUAUCAGCUCGCAGUUAAUGGCAUCUUUGCUCUCCAGUGAAAGGUUAAUAGCCAUAUCUGCCCAGCAUUCACCAGAAUUAGAAUCCAUCUAAUCUCCAGAUAUAAUAACAAGAAGCCAGCAGAUGAGCCCAAAGGUGAAUCUGCCCAAGGAUAAAAGCCUCUCGUGAGCUGCUUCAGGGAAAAGCCUCCAGUAACUGGAUGUGGCUGCUGAAGGAGUCCCACACAAACAGUCCUAAGGGUUUCUCUCCCUGCAAUAAUUCAGGUUAUUGUGAAUUGUUUCCCRGGGGCUCUGUAGCAAUUAAACCUCYUCACCCAGCGUUCCACGUGGAGAUUUACUCAUUCCCUACAGCUCAGGUGUCUCACCUGAAACCAGAUCCCAUCUCCUGCCCCAGCUGCCCAGACUGUGACUCCUCCAAUUUCCCCAUAAUUAAUCCUCACCUUGAUGAACUUGCCCUGCUUUCUUGGCAAAACAUCCCAUCCCCAGCUGGGGCAGUCCCAAGGAAAUGAAUCCAUCUGUCCUCACCCUCCCUCAUCCCUUCGCUCUGCCAUCUCUAAAGUGUUUGGAGUUAUCCUAUCAGGCUUUAUUAUUAAUAAAUCUGGUUUUUACUUUAAAUCCUC